AAAAAAAACUGACGGCUUCUCUUUUUUUUGGCGUUCAUCCAAAAAAAAAGGGGGAACUUUUUUUUCUUUUUCGAAAAAAGAAAAAAGCAUCCACACCAUCGCCAUUCACAUUCUCACCAUCUUCAUCAAAAAGAAUAGAAAAGACAGCUAAAAAAGCUGAAGGCAAAGGCUGAAUUCUGAAGAAUCAAGAUUUGCUUCCAUUUCAUCCCAAAGUCGCUUCUUUGCUUCGAUCGACACAAAAACAUUUUUUUUGGGGUCUCUUGAUUUGUAGUUAAACAAAUUAGAAAAAAAAAUACAUCAUUGUUUUUUGCAUCUUUCGGCGAAAGGCGCGUUUUAUGAAGCAUUGGUGUUAUACCAAUGUUGUCACUCCUUCAAAUGAAAUUCCGAGCGUUCUUGGUCGUAAUAUCAAAAGUAUGGACGUGCAUUUGUUUUAUGUUCAAUCGGCAAAUUCGUGCUUUUGUACAGUAUCAACCAGUAAAAUAUGAGCUCUUCCCACUUUCGCCGGUGUCGCGGCAUCGACUCAGUAUUGUUCAAAGGAAAACGCUGGUACUCGAUUUGGAUGAAACCCUCAUACAUUCUCAUCACAAUGCGAUGCCAAGAAAUACAGUCAAGCCAGGAACACCCCACGAUUUUACAGUUAAAGUAACAAUUGACAGGCAUCCAGUUCGAUUUUUUGUGCACAAAAGGCCACAUGUGGACUUUUUUCUCGAUGUGGUGUCACAAUGGUAUGAUCUGGUGAUAUUCACAGCAAGUAUGGAAAUCUAUGGUGCGGCUGUUGCUGAUAAACUGGACAAUGGCCGGAAUAUACUUCGCCGGAGAUACUAUCGUCAGCACUGUACACCAGAUUUUGGUUCAUACACCAAAGAUUUGUCAGCUAUAUGUAAUGAUUUAAAUAAGAUAUUUAUCAUAGACAAUUCACCAGGAGCAUAUCGUUGUUUUCCAAACAAUGCAAUACCAAUCAAAAGCUGGUUCUCAGAUCCCAUGGAUGUUGCGUUGUUGUCAUUAUUGCCACUUUUGGACGCUUUAAGAUUUACAAAUGACGUUCGUUCAGUACUUUCGCGAAAUUUACAUUUACAUCGUUUAUGGUAGCAGGUUAACAAAUUACAAAUUUGGUGCUGUGACACUUAAACGAACUUUUUUUUUUUUGUUUUAUAUUUUAAGGAUGAUAAUAAUAUAUGAAAAAAAAACCUAAAAAGAUCAUUAAUUUGUUCGUCUUAAAACUUAAUAAGAAAAAAAAAUGAAAAAAAAAAAAACAAUUUUAUUUUUUAACAAUCGAGGGAGAUUUACAUUGCCGUUUAUGUUGUUUUAUUAUUUUUUUUAUUUGUAUAGUUUUGUUAUAUCUACAUUCUCUAUAAUAAUAAAAAAAAAAGAAAAUUUUUGUUAAACAAAUUUUCAAUCAUUUCGAAUUCUCAUAAAUUUCAAUCAUUGAUUUUAUUUUUUAUUUGUAUUUUGUUGUUUUUUUAUAUAUUAUAUAUAUGUAUACAAGAAAACAAUAUAAAGUAUUUACAAAGAAAACACAAAUUAAAAAAAAUGUUUACUUUCGAAGAAAUUUAAAAAAAAAAAAAAGAAAUGAAAACCAACAAACAAAAAAAAUGUAAGCAUAUUUAUUUACAAGAACUGUUUUUUGAUUGAGGUGUAAGUUAACACAUAAUCAUUAAUUAUAUUAUAAUAAAAAUAUAUUUAUAUUAUAAAUUCAAUUAAUUUUAAGUCAAAAAUCGAAAAGAAUUAAAAAAAAGAACAUUAGCUGAAAAGAGACAAACAAAACAAAAAUACAAAAAAAUAAAACUCGUUUAAGAAUGAAUUCACUGGUUUGAUGACAAUUUUGUAAAUAUUUUGUUUUAUUUUUUUAUUUGUAACAAAUACAUACAUUUUUAUGAAUGAGAAUAAAUUAAUUGUGUUUAUUUUUUGUUGUUGUUUUCAAAUAAUAAUAAAACAUUUUUAUUUGCAAUUGCAGUUUGUUUUUUUGUUUUUUAACUAUUUUGUAGAACUUCAAAUAAAUAACACAAAACAAAAACAAACAGCAAUAAUUAUUAAAUUGAAUUAAAACAAAAAAAAAAAAAAAAAAACAAA